AUGCAGUAUGCACCAUGCUGUACCAGCCAGCAGCUGCUCCAACCUGUGCCGCUCAAGUACAACUUGCAGCGUGGAACACGGCUGAUUUUACAGCACUCUACAGUAGAUGCCCGGCCCAUGCGAGCGAAGGGCCCGCCCGCCUCCCAGAAAGCCACAGCUUUGAUUUGGGCUGGCUUGCUUGACAAAAAGAAGGCGAUCGACUGUGUGGCCGUGGUUCCCUCCCCACCCCGCCCCACCAGCGGAGCCCGCCCGCCGCCACCCCGCGCUUCCUGUUGCCCCGCGGGCCCGGGUCGUCUAGUCUUUAUAAGGCCACUCAUUGCACGCAGCCCAAGCCCCGAGCACUCCUCGUCCGCACUGCGCGUAGAAGCAGGCCACGCCACCGAGCAGAAGCAGCAGACGGGUGCGACCGACCGGCGACCUCCAGGAAGGAAGGGAGCGAUGAGGGCGUCCGGCAUGGCUUGUGCAGCUUGGGGGGUUGUGAUACUGCUCGCGGUGCUUGCCUCCGUCCCACCCACCUCCGCCUCCACCUCCGUCGCACUCGCAUCCACCGCCGCCGACGACGCUGAUAAAGGUUGCAAUGCCACCGCGCUGGCCACCGAUAUCCUCAAGGCAUGCAUUGAGGUACGUGAUCCAAUGACCACAUCCUGCUGCUCCUUCAUUCUGCCGACGGUGGACAUGGUGGACUGUCUCUGCAUGGUGGUCGAUCAACCUCAGAUCGCUGAUUCCGGCACCACCUCAAGGACACUCUUUGCUCUUUAUCUGAGAUGUGGAGGCAAGAGACGUUCCGGAGACAAGCCCUAUGAGAGCUGUGACGACUUCUCUGGGAGUGGGAGCUCCACCCCAUCACCCGCCACUCCCUCUCCUCCUUCAGCCCCAAAGGAGACGAUCACUUUAACUCCAAACAAUGAGCACGCAAGUCACAUGAUUGAGAUAUCCACAUACACUGGCGUUUGGGUUACAGCACUCAUAACCUUCAUUGGCACGUGCAUCGGAGUGUACAAGUGGUUUAUCCGUGGCAAAAAAGACAGUCCGGAGAACAAUUUAGCGAACCAUCCGUCACCUUGAGGACAAAGACAGCAGAAGAAACCCGCAUCAAGAAAAAAUAUGAACCAAAGAUAAGGCCAUCGAGGGGAAGCCUGCUAUGUUAGUUUUAUCAGUACUUUUGUGCGUUGUGUUUAUCAACGAGUGUAAUAUGUACUUGUUCUUGUCUGACUUCCAUUUGAUAUGAGUGUUGAACUAUAAA